GGGGCUCUCCUGCGGCUGCCGCGCCGCCCUCCCGGCCGGUGCCGGCUCCGGGAGAGCGCUCCGGUCACCGCGGACACAGCGCUGCCUUCCCGGCCGGUGCCGGCUCCGGUCACCGCGGACACAGCGCUGCGGCCGGACCGGACCGGACACUCCGGCAGAGCGCGCCCGACCCGCGGGGCUGCAUCGCGCUGAACCCCCGCUGUCCCUUCGCUGUCCCUUCGCUCCAUCCCGCUGUCCCCUUGCUCCCUUCGCGGUGCCCUCGCUCCUCUCCUCUGUCCCCCCGCUGUCCGCUCUGUCCUCGCUCUGUCCCCUCGCUCCAUCCCUCUGUCCCCGCUCUGUCCCCGCCAUGCCGUCCCCGCUGCCGCCCACGCGGGUGCCGCUGGCGGAGCGGGUCCCGGUGCUGCUGUCGUGCGCGCUGUCGUGCGCGGGCUCUGCGCUCCUGCUCUGCUCCCAGGCGCUCUGGCCCGAGCUGCGGACGCGCCCGCGGCAGCUGCUGCUGCACCUGAGCCUGGCCGACCUGCUCUCCGCCCUCUCCUACUUCUACGGCGUGCUCAGGGACUUCCAGGGCACCUCGUGGGACUGCGUCCUGCAGGGAGCCCUGUCCACCUUCGCCAACACCAGCUCCUUCUUCUGGACCAUGGCCAUCGCGCUCUACCUGUACCUGAGCAUCGUCAGGGGCUCCCCCGCGGGCCAGGGCUUGCUCUGGGGCUUCCACGCCGUCAGCUGGGGUGUCCCCCUGGCCAUCACCGUGGCUGCUGUGGCCCUCAGGAAGAUUGGCUACGACGCCUCCAACGUCUCCGUGGGCUGGUGCUGGGUCAACCUGGACGCCGAGGACCGGCUGCUGUGGAUGCUGCUGGCAGGAAAGCUCUGGGAGAUCCUGGCCUAUGUCACCCUGCCCGUGCUCUACCUCCUCAUCAGGAAGCACAUCAACAGAGCUCACGCUGCCCUCUCCGAGUACCGCCCCAUCCUGCCCGCAGCCCCGGCCCUGCGGCCCCGCGCCAGCCUGGCGGACAAGAAGCUCAUCCUCAUCCCGCUCAUCUUCAUCUUCCUCCGCAUCUGGAGCACGGUGCGCUUCGUGCUGACCCUGUGCGACUCCCCCGCCGUGCAGAACCCCGUGCUGGUCGUGCUGCAUGGCAUCGGGAACACGUUCCAAGGAGGAGCCAACUGCAUCCUGUUCGUGCUGUGCACCCGGGCAGUGCGGGCGCGCCUGCUGGCCCUGCUGUGCUGCAGCCCCUCUGCAGAGCUGCCCUGGCACGGGCAGGGCCCCCCCGGCCCCUGGCAGCGCCCCCAGACCCGCGGGGAUGGCGACAAGGACAGGGACAAGGACCUGGAUGUGCCAAAGCCGCUGCUGCCCAGCACCUGAGCUGGCCCUGCUGCUGCUGAUUCCUCCUGCCAUGGGUGCUGUGACAGCCCCCCAGAGGGAGCUGCAGCCCGGGGAAAGCGGCGCUGGAGAUGCUGAGCCCUGCCCGGGUCCCGGAGCUGCUCGGCCGUGUCAGGAUGCUCCUGGAGCACGCUGCCCUCCCGUCUGUCUCCCCUCCUUCCCGCCGGGAAGCUGAACCCUCGCUUGGGGUCUCGCUUUUCUGCCUGCCCAGGCUGGUGUGGUGAGUUCUGAGGUGAACAAAGCCAAACCAGGAGCUGCUGAAGGACUGAGCUGGGCAUGGCCCUCAGUGUGGUGAGAGCGCUGGGAGCCCCAGCCUGGCUCUGCUCUGCUCUUGGACUGGGACAGGACAGGGAUUAUUCUGUGGUGCUGCUGGAUGGCGCCUCUGGAUGCUGAACCUCCUCCCUGGUGUUUGUUUGGGGGCUGUCACCAUUGUGGGAUGCUGAUUCACCAUUGUGGUUUGGGGAUGCUGAUCCCUCUCCCUGGUGUUUGUUUGGGGGCUGUCACCAUUG